AUGACAUGGAGAGGGCAAACCAAGGCCGUGUGCUGUAGCGGACAGGUCGCAUUCGGGGACAGCUGCUGUGGUGACGUAGCAUACGACACGACGACACACAUCUGUUGUCAUGACAACCUGCAAGAGCGUCUCACCGACGGCGUGACAGCCUGCUGUGACAACCGGGUCAUCGACACGACAGCAAACCUGUGCUGCGACGGACAGGUGCACGAAGCUACACCUGGACUAGAGUGUUGUGGCGCCGAUGCCUACGACCCAGCUAAUCAGGAGUGUGUCGACGACGAACUAGUCAAGGUGUGCACGGGAGAAUCGUGCGAGAUAGGAGCAGACAUCGCAGACGAGGAGUACUUCUCGCCGUAUCCGUACUGCGGCUUCACCCACUACGAUCCGGAUGCGGGCGAGGUGUGCUGUCAGGGCGUAAUCACUUCCGGCGCUCUGUGCUGUGGGACACGCGGCUACAGUCCCAAGCUGCUGAUGUGCUGCGAUGGGGUGCUGCAUGAGAGAAUCGGACUCGACACGGUGGUGUACGGGGAAGAGCGCGACCUGCAGUGCUGCGGUAACGCUAUUCCCUAACGUAUUGUCCUACACUCAAUCACGAGAAGAAUGCGCGGUCUUGUUCUCCCACUCAGUUAUAUUUGAGGAGGGUUAAACGUAAGGGCAACGGUAGGACAGCGUGACAACAACGCGACAAUAUGUCAAUAACGCGACAAAACGGCAAUAGCAUGAAAACGUGAGAACACCGCGACAACAUGACAACACUGCGACAACGUGACAACAAGUGAUUGUUGACAACAUGCUAAGUAGAACAUAACAACGUAAGGAUGACGUAAUAACAACCAUAGCAGAUAUUGUAAUCGGUGUGGUUAUUGUAGUAAGUCAUCCUGUUAUGAUAGAGUAUAGAAUGGUUUGGUCACUAAACUUCGUAUAAAGUAGUGCAUACUGUUACUAAGUCUUAUAAACAAAUUACAUCUUAUUAAUUUAAAAUAGAUGGCUUAAAAUAGUAACAGAGUAUCAGUAGUCAUUAGAUCGCAUCGAUCUAUUGAUCGAAAUAUACAUGAAAUUUACCAAUGGCAUGUUUUUAUAUUUACCAAUAAAAUAAUUGGUUAAUAAGA